AGCGGUGGUCGUGAAUUUAGUUUAUCGCCAGGUUGCCACUGAAAACCCGCUGGGACUAUUAGUACGGAAAAAUACGUUCUCCUAGCGAUAACGUAUGUUCUGAGGGUAUUACGUGUGUAAGAUUACGUGCGCGUGUAAUUUCGCGAAAUAUUUACGUCUUCUCUCGUCGGAAGUUUCGUUCCCAAAAAAACUGGUUGACCGCCGUGGAUGUCGUUUUUCUUUGCGGUGCUUUUUGUGAGAUUAUUUCCGGCGGACUAGUGCGGCGGAAGUGCAUACACACAUGACAAAACAGGUGCACCGGCGUUGAUUCCAGCAGGGUGUAGGAGUGUGUGUGUGUGGCUGUGUGUGCAUUUUUUUAUGCGGCAUCUAGUUUCCGUGGUGAAGAAGGGUGUCGAAUCGGCUAUGGAGUGGAAUUCGCACUGAGGAAUCCGAAUGGGAGUAGUUUUGUGCACCGAGGGUGCACUUUUGUCGGGCGCAUCGGGGAGCAAUUGCACAUGAGACUAGGUGUGGAAAGUGUGACAUACUGAGGGGUUCGAAUGAAUCGCAAUGUUCUGCGAAAGGGGGCUGGCCUGUUGAGGGAGCGAAUGUAGUGCAACGUGGAAGAAAUUAUAAUCGACAGAAAUCCGUUCCGGACAAUAGUGCGGAAAGAAAGUGAAGUUAUGGAAAAAGUGGCACAACUCAACAGGAAUGCCAGGUGCUAGAGGAUACGGCAGCAAUAAAAUUGUUUUUGUUUGAGUCCGUCGACAAAGGAUUCGUCGUCGUCCGGUGCGGCAAGGAUCGAAAGAACGAUUGGUACGUGACAUCACGAAUGGUACAAAUGCGGGAAGGACAAAGAUACUCAUGUCAACAAGGAAUUGAUGGCAAAACCGAUACAGCAUCUGGAAGCAAUAAUCUAUAUUGGAAACGUUGUAAUCUGCGCUUUCUCCUUUUCCCAGAACAAGAGCCACGUUCCUAACCACGGACCAGAAUAAAUACCGGGCUAAGCGAAAGAACCACGGGUUUUGAUUGCACAGGAAACACAGCAAGCAACUUUGUAUUGUUUCGCUUCAAGCAGAUUGGAGAUCAAUUUACCGCUAAGCUUCCUUCUGGCCGUGUUGGUAAAGUGCAGUGCCACAACGGGAAAACAAUUGGCAUUUCCAUUUCAUUGCAUCUCGCCAAUGUAAGAAAACAAAAUCUCGACUCGCAAACAAACGGAUAUCGUCCAUCACGACUUUAUCAGGUUACUGAGCUAAGCAUUGAUAGACUUCAACGCUAGUCGUGUCAAAACAAUCGGAACCGAAGGCAAACAAUGUUAUUGCCAGUGACCUAUUCAACGAAAUCUGCUUCAGAUAUCAAACAAGUGGAAAAGGCCAUCAUCAUUGUAUUGCCGAGCAACAAGUGAUGGUAUUGAUGCUCCCGGUAGACUUUCUCUUCCAGGUACUCAGAAUUAUAAUACGGUACGAUACAAGUUUUCCUCGAACUCAGAACGAACGGGAAUGGUGGGAACUGUUUCUGUUAAGCAGAAAAAGGAAGCAUUCGUGAAAAAGAAUACCGCGUUUGAUGCAAGAAAACUGAUUGCUGUAUUGGCAAACAAACACGGAGGAAUUGUGCUUUUGGCACUGCAGAUUGAAUAUUGUACAAAAGGACGCUCGAAUAUGGUUAAAGUUCUAGUUACAGCACGGUACUAGUUUGGAUGCCGUUUCUGUUCGUACCCAUUUAUUGAACACAGGUAUCUGUUCUCAAGCAGCCAGCACCAAUCAGUUAACGGCUGCUGGUAUCAAACACAAACAGUAUUAUUUUGAUUGGAUUUUUCUCGCUACUCUAGUUCCGUCUAUUUCGUAUCGAAUUAUCCGCGAAACGAACUGUAAGGCGUACCAACAAGUUCAAACGGGAGAAAAAGGAAUGGGAGCGUAACCGGAGCCCCUAAUCCUGUUGAUUUUCUUUAUGUAUGGAUCCAACAGUUUCACCACUGUUGUCGACCUUUAUAGCACCUCCGAUACCGGGAAUAGUCGCUUCAGCAUCCAAACCCUUAGUGAUAUCAGCAGCUGCAACUGCAACUGGAAAUGCAACCGGUACUACGGUUGCAGCCAUACUCAAUGCCACAGUAUCAUCCGGUUUCCUGGAAUAUCUACUGAACGGUAGCACCACCCUUGGACCACAGUCAACCCUUGGUGACCAUUUAACCGGACCAGCUAACUUUACAUCACCAUCAACCGCCUCUACUAGCUCUCUAUUUGAGCCCAGCACCGACCCAGCAUUCCCAGCCCAGCAAAGCAACUCUGUACUAACGUUCCAGACAAUCAUCAUUAGCAUUAUUCUAUCGGCUGUAAUUUUUGGAACAAUCGUUGGCAACGUGCUAGUGUGCGUAGCGGUGUGUCUGGUGCGGAAACUGAGGCGACCGUGCAAUUACCUGCUGGUUUCGCUAGCGAUAUCCGAUCUCUGCGUGGCCCUUCUGGUGAUGCCGCCGGCACUGCUCUACGAAGUGCUCGAAGAAUGGAAAUUUGGUACCGUGUUCUGCGACAUCUGGGUAUCGUUCGACGUUCUCUCCUGCGCUGCAUCAAUUCUGAACCUCUGUGCCAUCUCAGUUGACAGGUAUUGGGCCAUAACGAAGCCCCUGGAGUAUGGCGUCAAGCGUACCCCUAGACGUAUGAUCGUAGUUAUCGUGCUAGUCUGGCUCGUCGCAGCCUGUAUAUCACUCCCACCGCUCUUAAUCUUAGGCAACGAACACAUGACCAACGGGCAUCCGUCCUGUUCGGUAUGCCAGAACUUUUUCUAUCAAAUCUACGCAACACUCGGUUCCUUCUACAUCCCUUUGGCGGUGAUGCUGUUCGUGUACUGUCAGAUUUUCCGUGCUGCACGGCGGAUAGUGAUGGAAGAGAAACGGGCCCAAACUCGGUUGGACAGUUGCAUCAACGGAAAUGCUACACCGGAGAAAAUACUUGCCCCGUGUGGAAAAGUUCUGAUCGGUAAACCUCAACACAAGCGUAUUUUCCAAUUAGCCAAAGAGCGAAAAGCGUCGACAACACUGGGCAUCAUUAUGUCCGCCUUCACCAUUUGCUGGUUGCCAUUCUUCAUUCUUGCGUUGGUCCGACCGUUCCUCGGUGAGGAUCAUCCGACACUGUCGUCACUGUUCCUGUGGCUCGGGUACGCCAACUCCCUGCUGAAUCCGAUCAUCUAUGCAACGCUUAACCGCGACUUUCGGAAACCCUUCCAGGAGAUCCUGUUUUUCCGUUGCUCCAACCUGAAUAGCAUGAUGCGGGGGGAGUUUUACCACAGUCAGUACGGUGAACCGUACUCGCAACGUUUAGUCAUCACCAACGACGGUGGCGCGAAGGAAAGUUUCCUAUGAAGCUUUCGCUGUUGUAGAUCUUAAGGGUUGGGCAAUUCGGACCCGACCGACGGUAUCCGUUGGUCAAUCAGACGUUUAGGUAUCAGGUUUUUCAUGUGUUGGAUCUUCGAAAGCAGGGCCAUGGGGAUUUAUGGUGGAAAGCUGUUUCGAUUGGAAAAGCGCGUGAUUGUUGUAAGAAGUUUAUUUUUGCUAACGCCAAUUGUCAAGAGUCUUUUUCAAAUGGAAUUGCAGGUGAACUAUGACAAGAAGAGUAGAAAUUUUAAAACGAAAGAGAAAUCUCUGUGAGUACCGAAUUCUUCGAAAUUUCGAUUCAAAGUAAAUUUUGUCAGGUUAUCCUUUAAAACCUCGCAAUUCUCAGCCAUUAUUUUGAGUUUCUGGAAGUAAAUUUCAUUACUUUAGAAGAUAUUUGGCCGAGCCAUAUAGAAAUAGAUUGUAUAUUUCUCUCUCUUUUAUGCUCCGACUUACUGAUCCAUAUUAUUAUCAAAGUGCCACUUGAACCAGGCAGUUCUGAUUCAAAACAAUUUAGAUGCUUCUAUGUUUACUUUAUGAACCAAUAUAGGAAUCGAGUAUCAAUUGCGGAAAUAUACAAACAUACAAACACAAACAAUGCAAUAUAUCCUUUGACAAUCUUUCGGAAUAGGCAAAACUUUCGCAUUCGUAAAAUUUUUGAAUGGAAUGAAAACUUUCAGCUUCUUUAUACUGAGCUAUAUUCAGAUAUUGAUGCAAAACCAAAGAAAAAAUCAAGAUGGAAUGGUCUAUGAUUUCUCAUGGACUAUUCAAAUACGACCCCUCAAUAAUUUCGGUUCACCGUCAGUUGUAGUUGCAACAUGACGAGUAAAUCUUGGAACUUGAAAAAUCAAUUAAAUUAUUGCUAAGAAUAUAUUCAAUUUGUUAUAAUCUUACCUCACGAAACAUUAAAGUGAAUUGAAGUAACAAAACAAGUAACAUCAAUCUGUAGGCCAAGCAAAACAUUUAAACGAAUUGAUUGAAAUUCUAAUUAAAAGAAAUCAAUGUGUUUUCCCCUAUUCUAGAAGAAUAUUUAUCGUUCAUUCGAAUUUCAACCGCCAACAAAUGAAAACUCACUGGAAAAUAAACAUCCCUGUGUAUUUUGACAGCUUCAUUCGAAAACAUCAUCGUUUGAACUACAGCGCUACCUACUUGUCUAACUGUCGUCAGGAAGCCAACUAAGCAAUUUGACGUAUCUGUAACCCACACCGAUGCAGAGUGCAUAGAUCUAUUCACGGAAACACGAUUGACCGAAUCAAGUGUUUCGCACAUACAUUUGUGCUGUACUCAUUUCCACUAGAAAAUGAAUUGUAUAACACAUGUAAUUCGAUUCAAUAGCAAAACACAUCACAUCCAAAUGAAAAACACAUCGAAGCUAAGCGAAAAAUAAUCUAAUCUUGCAUCUUAGUGAAUUUGCACAUGAAAUCUUAAAACAAAUCUCUUUAGUAAUGUAUUGAAAUGUAGUAUCCAAAAUAAAUGGUACUCGAUCGUCAACCAUUCUAGUACUCGAGAAAUCAAUACAACAAUGUGGUUUCUGUUUAAAACAAAUGAGGAUUCUAAUAAUCCUAGCCUUACCCAAUUUCAAACAGUUCUGAAGAUUUUCCCUGUUAAAUCGUAGCUCAAACUAGAACAAGUAGUAGUAAUCACUUUUAAAUCGAUUUUUUUCUACUCUGAGUUUACUUUUAUUGCUAAUAUUUAUUUUUAUUACUGAAUUAACGAAGAAAAAUCAUUGCAAAUCACUACUAUCGAUAUGAAAAUUUUCGAAAAAAGCCCUCCUUUUCUUGGUUCCAUUUUUCAUUGACAGGUGUCGCUACCGGUAAUUCAGUUUCGCGGCAAUGUGCCAAUUAUUUCGUUCACAGAGGCUUCAACCUUAAGGUCAUUCGCCUUUUAGAACCAGAAAAAUGGAAAUCCAACCCCGAUAUAUCCCGUCCGUCUUCAUUCUUUUGCUCAUGCGAGAUAUGUACAAUUUAAACAUCAAUUUUGUUUGAAACUUCUGUAUGAUUCAUGGCACGAUUCGUCUGAUGUUCGAAUUUACUGUGUAAGCAAAUUAAAUGUAACAUUGGAGAACGUACAGAAUUUUACAGAAUUAAUACGGAAAAUAUCCCCACUAAACUGUUUAGGUUUCAUUUAUUCGAACAGUUCAACUGUCAAAUUUUUAACCUUUUCUCGUGCUCGGUAAUACACAAUUUUACUGAUUGUUCUGUACGAUUCCAACCACUAUUUUCCGAAAAUAAAUGAAAUCGUAUUUGUUUUGUUGUAGAUAUCUUGUUAAAGCGCAUCCUGUUAUCGAGGUUUGGCAUAAUGAUUUUCUUAAUUUGUCAGUAAAUAACAAAUGUACAUACAUUUGUCGAGAUUUCGAAUAGUUAGCUUUUACCGAAAUUUUGCAUGACACUUGAAUGACCGAAUGCAAAAAUCGGAUAAGGGUAACAUAGUUUGAAGUACUUUUUUGAAGGGGCUGGGGUCCACUAGGAGAUUGAUAGUACCUAUUAGCUCUCUCCGGACAGUACCAGCCUAGAUGCCGUGUGGAAUCCGGCGGAAAAAAUGAACCAAGAACAGAUCCACUGGGUUCCUGCUUCCAUGUCGUAAAAGGCGACAAUCGCAGGAGUUUCUUUUUCCUUUCAGUUAUCAGAUAUUUUCGAUGUUUCACUUCUGAUUACUCUAUUUUACUAUUACCUUACUUUACUUACUAUUACCUCUUCAUUCAACCUAUCAAUUUCCGUCUAACUUCGGAAAAAAGUUUUAUUUGGAUUGUUUUCUUCUUCCAUGUUACUGAUUGUCUUUCAGGAUUAUAUGUAUCACGUAAUUUCAUUCAUAAAAAAUAGGAAAGUUUUUAUCCUUUACGCGAUAGUAUUGCAAAUUUUUCUUCAGUUUCCUCGAAUAAGAGCUGUGAAUCAGGACUUCCAUGACUUCAAUUUAGGUUAUUGUGGAAACGUUCACUCGGGAAGUCAGUGAGUUUAUUGGUGCAUCCGAGCAUCCUGAAUUCGCGCGCGAAUAAUACCAAUACUGAAAUUUUUACUAACAAAUAUCCUUCUCCCGUGACACUUGUGGAGUGCGCAGUAGUAUAUACGGCCUCUAGUAACAAUAAGUGUUGGACUAACAUCCCUUCCCAUUCCUUAGACGAUUUACGUUCGGGCCUGGCCGGCGCCGGUACUGAUCAAUGAUUUCUGGGAUUAUUAGGAGAUGUACAUUGAAGGAUGAUUUACCAGUCCCAGGUUGGAUUAUCUAAAAAUUCCCUGUACAAUUUCAGCUAAUCCCGUUCAGUAACGGAGUAGCAACCAGGGGUGGUCGCUCAAGCUCAAGCUCAUAGUUUGAAGUACUUGUUUGAGUAUUUUUGAAUGAAAAAAAGGGAUUAGAACAUUGAGUGCAAAACCUGAACCAGGAUUUUGUAAUGCAAAAAUCGUUCAAAACAUCUAUUUUGUUAAAAACCCGUCAAAACAAUUUUGAAUACAAAACUAGGUUAAAAACUUACUCGGUCCUCUAAAAAAAAUUUUUAACCGGUUUUUUUUACACAAAGCUUUUGUUGUGAAUACGACUUACUUUACUAUAGGGUGCCUUUUCAAAUUUACCCUCUGUGAGAGUGAUAAGUUUUUGAUCGUGAAUAUAUCUUGUUGUAUCUAACGAAUCAACAUAAUUUUUUAUACAUGCCAUCGGAAAUAUGAUCACAAUUUAUAAUAAAAUUUUCAGUUGUGUGACAUAAUCUCAAAUAGUUCAAAAUUAAACUUUUCUGAAAUGUUUGGUAUAAACGAGUAUCAAAGAGAUAAGGCGCGUUUGCCUUUCUCGUAUUUUGAAAGCUCAUAGCUCAGUGAUCUGUGGAAGGAUUUAUAUAAUCUAACUAGCAAUAGAAUCGAAAUUUUUCAACUUAAACGUGUAUAGCAAAAGCAUUGAAGUAUUUCAAUAGUACACUAUUUAAAAAACCUAUCUCAUUUGACCCAUGUCAACACCAGCCGAUCAGAACGCAUUCUGAGAAAGAGAAAAAAAUAUCUGCUGCUGUACAACAAAUCGUUUGAGAAAAAUGUUCCGAAAAAUGGUGAAUAUCGUAGUGAGUUCCUCAAUUUGGUCCUUCUGAAUGCUAGAAACGAAUCCCUACAGCAUAUUGAUAGUUUCUUUCAAUAAAUUAUGCAAAUCUGAAAUGAAAUAAUCGACAUUAAAAUUCUAUAUGCGGCUCUUUUUAUAGCCGUUAGGACCGCCCAUUAGUGAAAAAGCUACAAACGAAAUUACGUAAAAGAAAGCUCCUAACAAAAAUUGAAUCAGUUUGGAUUCUAUCGCCAAUGCGAGCAGAUGUAUUUUGUGCCGUUUGCAAAGAGCGAUUACGUCACAGCUGCCAAUCAUUUGCAUGGAUGAAAAAGCAACGGUGGAGAGCAUUACAAAAAAAAAACAGCCGUUCUAAUGGCUCUAAAAGUUUUCUGAAGAACUAUUAGGAUUUGUUGUUCGCAAAUCGAAAGGAAAUAUCCUCAGUUUAGUGCAAAUCUAGAACAGUUUGGUUAGAUGUUUGCACUUUUCGCUGUGUGAAAUUCACAGUAAUCGAGAUCAAGUAAAGCCUUCUUUGUUUUUGCGAAAAAUGUGGAAAAGGGGAAUGCUUGCAUAAUUCAUACAAUUGAUCAACUAAUUGAUAUUCGGAAGUGUUAAGGAACAUGUCAGUUGUUUUCGUAUUCACGACAUCCAGGUAUGUCUCUGACAUUACCCACCCGCCUUUUUUUUGCUGACUACCGCAGCGGACUCGGUAUGGUUUGUUUGAUUGCUACGGGCGGUAUGAUCCAUGCUUGCAACCGCACAAGAACGCCAUCUACAAGUUAAUUGCAUCGUUAGAUUUUGAAUGCAAUGAUCACCGCAAACAAUACCAUGACUUAUUUUCCGUAAUGGCAAUAUGCUAAAUCCAGCCUAAACAUAACGGAACAAAUGCAUUGCUUGAGGGAUGGCAGCAAACUUCAGACCAUAAAUUUCCUGGUUGAUGGUCCAAAUCAUGAUGUAAAUGUCACUCUUCAAGUCACAGAAAUAGAUUUUGUGCCACAAGAGAUUUCGUUGCGUACUGCGACAGCGUAAUGAACUGUUUCAACCAUCCUUUACCACAAAAUCGUACUAUGAUCAGUUCGUUCCGUAGCUCGAUAGACGAUAUUUUCAAUUGAACUGCGAAAUCCCUGACGGAAAGGUUGGGGUUCCUCUUAGAACAGAUGGUCACUUUUUACAACAUUUUGGCUGCCGCCCAUUUCUCUCGAAUCGGUCCUCCCAGCUGUCGACAAGUAUUAUCCGAAUAUUUUAAUUAUGUUAUUGACAUUUCAUUUGGCCCAAUUCCACAGUUUUGUCAACUUAUUUUACGGGUAGUUUGAACCUUUGCAAUGCGUUUACAUAAUUUUAACUCGCUGCUGCUUUUGUUUUGGAUGCCAUGAAAAACACUGCAUCAAGCUGGCCAAUUUUUGAUCGCAACAUUCCGCAUGGUCUUUUGGCUAAAUGGGCAGCCAUGGCCAUCAGACGACUUCCAAGAUUGAUUCAGUGACGGCUGUCAAAUCCAUUUUGGCAAAACAUAGCCGCCUGAAUCUUAGUUAGCCGAGCGUUUUCAUCUUUUCACCUUCGCUGAAAAUGUCAAAGAUUUCGAUGUGGAAAAAUCCGGGUGGGUACUGUUGUGUCGUUUGAGUUGUAUAUCUGGCAGCGGUGAGGCAGUCGGUCACCAGAAUGGCUGCCAGCCAUACUUUGCCCGCUGUCAGCGUUUAGUCAGCCGUGUGGAAGCCACGAGUAUGCGAGAUUGACUUAGGGUGCAGUCAGAGUGAGCGCCGAGCGCGAAGCGUUAAGACGCGCGUAUGAGCUUGUUUCAUUCAAUCAAAGCAAACAUGCCUCAGUGAUUGCAAUGCGAUAACAGUGCAUCGCAUCAUAACGCUUCACAAAUCACGCUCACUCUGACAGAAACCUUAGGUUGCUGUCAGAGUUAAAACGUCACGCGAAGCGGUAAUACGAGCUAGUUGCAUUUGAUCAAAGCAAAUCUGUCACAGUGAAUACGAUGCGAAAACAGUACAUCGCAUUGAAUCGCUUCGCUUCGGUCCACGUUCCGCGUUCACUCUGACAUCAACCUUAUAUUUACUCAAUGAUUGAGUUUCAUUUGUUAUUUUUUUGAUUGAAAGCGGCAUGACUAUUUCAAACCUCCAACUGGAAAUUCCUUUGGUGGUAGGUAUUAAUUUUUGUAAUCUACAAAAUCAGAGGUAAGGCAGAGUGGAAAAUUUAAUCAAUCCAAAAUUAAGGGUGCUAGAUAUGAUUACUGGAUCCAUAAAACACGUCAUAAUUUCAUUAAUUAUCUGAUUGAAAACACAACAUAAACCCCACGGUUUGCUUUCGAACUGGAAAAUAAUUGUACUACUAGGAUUAAGAAAAAUCAACCGAAAACCGGUUUAAUCAUCAGGCAAACGAGCAGCUAUAAUACGUUCUUUACGAUAAUGACCGCCAACAAGGCUCUAGUAGACUAAGAACACAGGGUAUUCGUAUUAUUUUUAUUCUGGUUGCUAGGAGAAUUUACCGAAGCUAUCAACGAUUUAUUUUCCCGAUUAUUUUCCCCGAAAUCGGUGCUUGUCACUAAACAAAAGUUACCAUUGUUAUUUUUGGAAUAAACAAAAAUUUCUGUUGUAUGUGUUUGCUGACAAUUACAGAUAGGCCAUCGGUAAACUGUAGAAAUGACAACUAACAGAGUUAAAAGUAAACACAUUAGUCGUGCUUCAUUCAUACAAGAUUGAGUAUUAUUAUAAUGUUUGUGAUAACUGAUAUUGAAAAUAACUAAACGAAUUGCAGGUUAAAAAAAGGAAAACAACAAAACUGUUAUUAUUAAACCGUAACUUACGGUGCAUGGUUAACCAAAGACAUUUACUGGAAGGUAGAUAAAAUUUAUUUUUAAACGUUGGAUAUUUCACUGUAAUAGAUGCGACCGAGAGGAGGAACUUUAUAUUCUAUGUAGUAGAAAUGGAUGUUAGGUUUAGUAGAGAAGCUAGGCAGAGAUAUUUUCUCCGGGAUAAAAAAGGUAUUAAAUGAAUGGUUUCUACAUAUAAAACAUGUUGGAAUAUAUGAAAAAUUUUACGAUCUAUUUUAUAUUACGUAAUACUUAAAUAGUAAACUUAGAUUGUACAUGAUGGAAUCGAGCCUUAAAAGGCUCCUAAAAUGCAAGAGCGUUCGUAUACGGUGCCGGUCUUCCACAAAUGCUGACCUGUGCCGAGUUGUAAGAUAUUAUUCGUAUAAUCAAAUGUACAUCCUUACGCCUACUACAAUGUACUAAACAAAUGUAAGAAAUACAAUCGAUGUGAAACAUUAA